CUCUGCCUCACUUACAGCAGUUUUGCUUCUCACAUGGAGAAUGACCCUCUGGGACCGAGCCAUCUGCCUCUGCUUGGCAACCUGCUGCAGACUGAUCUGAAGAGACCCCACAACACCUGUGUGAGGUCAUUUUCAAAGAAAUAUGGAUCUGUGUUCACUGUGUAUUUUGGACCCACUAAGGUGGUGGUCCUAACUGGGUAUAAGACAGUCAAAGAGGCUCUUGUCAACUAUUCAGAGGAGUUUGGAGAUCGAAGCAUCACUCCUAUUUUAAAUGACAUCAAUCAUGGUCAUGGUAUGAGGUUCCUCUUAACAGGGGAAGCAUUUGAUACAAAAUGCCUUUUGUCUUGUGCAUCAUCCAAUGUCAUCUGCUCCAUUGUGUAUGGAAGCAGAUUUGAAUACAAUGACUCAGUGUUCAAGGAAAUGAUUCGGAUUGCCAGUGACACCAUACGCCUUGCUGGUUCUGCAGAAAUCCAGCUUUACAACAUGUUUCCAUGGUCGGGAAGUUUGCUCCAAAAGCGAAUGCUGAUAUUGCAAAAUCAUGAGAAAAAUGUUGCCAUGAAUAAAGGUUUAAUCCAGAAUCUGAAAGAAACAUUGAUCACUGAUGAAUGCAGGGGUCUGGUGGACUGUUUCCUGACCCGUCAACAGAAAGAUGAGGAAGCUCAUGUCGUGGACUCUCUUUAUCAUGAGAAGAACCUGCUUUGUGCAGUGAGCAGCCUGUUUGGUGCCGGUACUGAAACCACAGCAACUACACUCCAUUGGGCUUUGCUGUUUAUGACCAAAUAUCCACAUAUACAGAACCAGGUCCAUGCGGAGUUGGGCAGUAUUGUUGGAAAGCGUCAGAUCAACGCAGAUGACAGAAAACUGUUGCCGUACACAAAUGCUGUCAUUCAUGAGACCCAGAGGUUUGCAGACAUUCUACCACUGGCAAUUCCUCAUCAAAUGGCAAGCGAUGUAAUCUUCCAGGGGUAUCGUAUUAAAAAGGGGACGACUGUUUUUCCGUUACUGACUUCUGUCCUCCACGAUGAGAAUGAAUGGGAGAGCCCGCACACUUUCAAUCCUUCCCACUUCCUGGAUGAACAGGGCAAAUUCAUCCAACGAGAUGCUUUCAUGCCAUUUUCUGCAGGUCGAAGGGUGUGUCUGGGUGAAAGCCUGGCCAAGAUGGAGCUCUUCCUCUUCUUCUCCAGCCUUGUCCAGCACUUUAAAUUCUCUCCUCCACCUGGAAUUACAGAGGAUGAACUGGAUCUGACUCCUGAUUUGGGCUUUACUAUUGGCCUGUUGCCAUAUGAGCUGUGUGCCACCAACCGCACUUGUUGA